GGGUUUUAGAUUUUGCUUUUGUUUUUCUUGGAAACUUUGACCCUAUUGGGGGAUUUGGAAAAUUUAGAGAGGGAUUUGAAAAAAGAAAGAGAAAAAGUUGAUAAAAUGUAAAUAUAUUUUAUUUAUAUUUUGACUUACCUUUCUUUUUUUUCUUUUCCAAAUUUCUCGACCAAAGAAAGCGUGAUGGGAACUCUUCUUUGAUUUUGGAGGUGUGUGUCGCGUGCCUGUAAAAUUACGAAAAUGCCACAUUCAUAAGUUGUGGUCGUUUUAAUUUUUUGGUAGAGCCAUGGUGGGUGGAGGAGAAGAUUUUUGUGGAUGUUAUUGUGUUUGUUGACUGGUAGCCUGACCCACCAAUAUUACAGUUUGAUCUUUCUUUCAAUGGUUCUAACAUCCCAAAAUUGUGUGACCACAUUUCUUCUGUAAAUGAGCGCUGUCCUUCCAUUAUCAACCUUUCUCUAACAGAAAAUCAUGGCUUUGUUGAAGCCAUUUUUGUCAUAUACUUUUAAGACCCUCCGUUCCUCACUCCCUUUACCACACAAACCUGGAAGAACAACAAUAUCAAUUGUAUCUCUACAACCGCCAUUCAAACUUUAUCAUCAACUAAGACAAGUAAAGAAACAAUGGAAACAGUGGCAUGCUGUGGCAGAGGUUGGUGGUGAGGUUGCGGUUGAAGGUGAAGGAUCGAAAGAUGAUCAAAGUGUUCUUGACAAAGCGAGGGCUGAAAGGGUUUGGGUGGACUAUGACUGGACUGAUGAAUGGUAUCCUUUGUAUCUCACCCAGAAUGUUCCCGAUGACGCUCCUCUUGGUCUCACUGUUUUUGACAAGCAGGUGGUGUUGUAUCGAGAUGGCAAAGGCCAGCUUCUGUGUUGUGAAGAUCGGUGUCCCCAUAGGUUGGCGAAACUUUCUGAAGGUCAGUUGGUUGAUGGAAGGCUGGAAUGUCUGUACCACGGUUGGCAAUUUGAAGGUGAUGGUAAAUGUGUAAGGAUACCUCAGCUUCCUGCCAACGCAAUGAUUCCUCAAUCAGCCUGUCUUAGAACAUAUGAGGUGAGGGAUUCCCAAGGAGUUGUGUGGGUAUGGAUGUCUCACACGACACCUCCAAAUCCUAAUAAACUGCCUUGGUUUGAAAAUUUUGCCAGGCCGGGAUUUCAAGACACUUCAACUACACAUGAACUUCCGUAUGAUCACUCCAUACUUCUUGAGAAUCUUAUGGACCCAGCCCAUGUCCCUAUUUCCCAUGACAGAACCGAUUGGACUGCAAAAAGGGAAGAUGCCCAACCGUUACUAUUCAAAGUCACUGAAAGGACAGAUCGGGGUUUUGCAGGCUGGUGGGGAAGAGAAAGAGAUGAAUCAAUGCCAAAUUUCUUACGAUUUGAAGCACCGUGUGUUCUACAAAACAACCGGGAACUUGUUGAAAAGGAUGGGGAGAGACACUACUUUUCAGGCCUUUUCCUUUGUAGACCCAGUGGGCAAGGCAAAUCCAUGCUCAUUGUGAGGUUUGGAGGUACAAAACAAUCCCCACUCGCUAUGUUGUUCCCAAAAUGGUUUUUGCAUCAUAAUGGAAGUAAGGUAUUCGAGCAAGAUAUGGGUUUUCUUUCUUCCCAAAACGAAGUUUUAUUGAAAGAAAAAGUGUCGACAGAAGAAUUGUAUGUGAAUUUAAGAUUCUCGGACACAUGGGUAGCGGAAUACAGAAAGUGGAUGGACAAAGUUGGGCAUGGAAUGCCUUAUCAUUUUGGUCAUACAACCAUUUCAUUGCCUAAAGAGCCUGCUGUGGUGGAACAUGCUCCAGCUGGGCUGGUUGCUAGCAUUUCAGCUUCUUCGCCGGCCAAGGGAGGGAUUGGGACAAUGCAUGCGCCGAAUCUUGCCAACCGGUAUUUCCGACACGUAAUCCAUUGCAAGGAAUGCAGAAGCGCUGUCAAAUCUUUUCGAGCAUGGAAAAAUGCGAUCUCUGUCGUUGCACUUGUGUCGACAGCAUUUGCAAUUCUUGUGUCUGGAAGGCAGUGGAAGGUACUCUUUUUGCUUACAAGCAGCGUAUGCUUGGCUGGAAUAUAUGCAUGCUCAACUGCAAUUGCAAUGAAUACAACAAACUUCAUAAGGAUACACAGAAGAUUAUGAUUUAUGAGCCAGGAGUGGAGCAUUUUAUGAUUUUUUAUAUUUUAUAUUUUUAAUUUUUUUAUCAGGCUUAAUGAGAAAGAAAAUCUUAUAGAAUUAUGAAGAUGGUUAUGCUGGAUUACUCUGUUGUAAAAUUAGUUUGUUGAUUUCUAUUCAAUGGCAAGACCCUUGUGUUUGUAAUAUCAAUUCCGAUUGG